UGAUUCCUCAUAAAGCACCUAGAACAGUGCCUUCUAAAUAGUGCCCGGCACACAGUAGGUUGUUUGUGCAUGUCUAUUAUUAUUAUCUGGCUCAACUUUCCAUUCCAAACAUAUUUAUUCUAUUAAUAUCAUUGCUGUUAUUAAUCUUAAAUAUUAUUCAUUCGACAAAGGAAUAUCGAUUAUGAUCCAGGCACUGUUCCAGGUGCUGAGCAUAGAGCAAUGAAUAAAAUUAAGUCCCUCUCCUCAUGGGCAUUGCGUUUGAGUACAUCUGACAAUUAAAUUUCAUGAUUUGAAAUAUUUGAAACACAGAAUGUGAGAUCCCAGACACGCAUGUACCCUUAGCCCAUAUUUAAUGACUAUUAAGAUUUGGCUCCAUUUGCCUUGCACUGAGCAUACAGGGGAAAACCAUUUCUUUAAAAAAAUAAAGUCACUGAUGAAAGAGUGAGAGAAUCUGUGGCCGGUUCCUUCACAAGCGGGCCAGGCGCCCAGGUGUGAUUUCAACAGAUGUUUCUCCCUGUUCCUCUGCCAGUCGUUCCCACCGUGAAGAUCACCGCCCAGCCCUCCGAGGCCAACACCCCCCAUCAUCAGAGAGUGAAUCUCACUUGCCACGCCAGCCACUUCUAUCCCUCCCACCUGCACCUCACCUGGAUGGAGAACAGGCACACCGUCCACACCGAGCCGGCCCCCCAGGUCACCAGAAACGCAGACGGGACCUACUCGCUGGAGCACACGUGGCAGGCAGCGGCCACGCCCAACGGGAGCGAGUUUGCCUGCUGGGUGGUCCAGGACGAGCAGCCCCCGGUCCAGGCCAACAUCACCCUGCGGGCUCAGGCGCCCCGGCUGCGGAAAGGCGGGAGCAGCUACUCUUACACCUUGCAAGGCCCCCCUCAGCGAUCGGAGCCGGGCACAAGCAUCCUACUGAAGUACACGUCCUCCGGAUUCCACACGCAGCACGUCACGGUGGCCUGGCUUAAAAACAACCACACGCUGCCCAACCCCCAGACCAGCGUCCACCUCAGCAGAGACACCUACAACGUGAGCAGCAGCGUGCGCGUCCCCCUGCAGGCUGGGGACGUGCGCUCCCAAGUCUUCUGCCUCGUCAUGUACAAGUCGAAAUUGGCUUUCCAGAAAACCAUCAACCUGGACCAGUACCUCCGUGUUUCCCCUGCAGUGACAAUGUCUCAGGCUUCAAUGUCCUCGGACUUGGUAGCAAUUACUUGCCACGUGCAGAGAUUCUAUCCACAAAGUGUGCAACUCACCUGGCUGGAGAACUGCGAUACAUUCAAGGGAGCUGAGCCAUCCACACCCAAGAAGAAUGUUGAUGGGACCUACACCCUGGAAAGCUUGCAAUGGGUGAAUGCAUCAGGGCACGGGUCUGAGAGGGUAUUCACCUGUAAGGUACAGCAUGAGGCACAGCCUCCCAUCUGGGCCAACCUCAUACUGUCCCCAGCAGCCCACGGGACAUACAAGCCCAUUGAAAACCCAGGUCCAGAGACACCUGCCCUUAUCUUUGUGGCUUUCCUCCUGGGCCUCAAGCUGCUGCUGGUGACGAGUUUCACAGUCACCUACAUCCACAGGUGGUGGAACCUGUAACAGGUAAAUUGGGGGGAGGCCUUAGUCAUGAGGGAGGAG